AUGGCAUGUUACAGAGGCAAAUUUGCAGUGGUGAAGAAGUGUAUCCAGAAAGACACUGAAAGAGAGUUUGCGGCCAAAUUCAUGAGAAAAAGAAGAAAGGGCCAAGACUGUCGGAUGGAAAUAAUCCAUGAAAUUGCAGUCCUUGAGCUGGCACAAUGCAAUCUAUGGGUCAUUAACUUGCAUGAAGUUUAUGAAACUGCAACAGAGAUGAUUUUGGUCCUGGAAUAUGCUGCUGGAGGUGAAAUCUUUGACCAGUGCGUGGCUGAAAGAGAGGAAGCCUUCAAAGAAAAAGAUGUUAAACGACUUAUGAAGCAGAUCUUAGAAGGAGUUUCAUUCUUGCACAGAAACAAUGUGGUUCAUCUUGACUUAAAGCCCCAAAAUAUUCUACUAACCAGUAAGUCUCCUCUGGGAGACAUUAAGAUAGUAGAUUUUGGCCUUUCCAGAAUAAUGAAGAGCAGUGAGGAACUAAGAGAAAUUAUGGGAACUCCAGAAUACGUAGCUCCUGAAAUUCUGAGUUAUGACCCAAUCAGUACAGCAACUGACAUGUGGAGCAUUGGAGUACUGGCAUAUGUUAUGCUAACAGGGAUAUCGCCUUUCUUAGGGGAUGAUAAACAAGAAACAUUCUUAAAUAUAUCUCAAAUGAACGUAAGUUACUCUGGAGAAGACUUUGACCUCAUAUCAGAGUCUGCUGUGGAUUUCAUCAAAACUCUGCUGGUGAAGAAACCUGAGGACCGGGCAACCGCUGAAGAAUGUCUUCAACAUCCAUGGUUGGAACAAAGUGAUAAUCCUGCUUGCAGGGCCUGGAAUAAGAGUACAGGAGGAGAGACCAGUGAUGUCACCCAGAAAGAUGCAGAUUCUGCCUCUGAAAAAUCAGUAGAUGCUGAGAAGACUGAAGAGGAAGAAUCCAUAGUGACAGAAGAACUAAUUGUAGUGGCUUCAUAUACGCUGGGACAAUGUAGGCAGUCAGAAAAAGAAAAAGUAACUGAGCAAAAAGCCAUUUCCAAACGAUUUAAAUUUGAGGAACCAUUGCUGCAAGAUAUACCAGGAGAAUUCAUUUACUGAACUGUGUGGAGCUUCAUAGCUAUAACUGGAAGGCAGAGUUUUCUACUAAACAAAUAUCCUAGCCAAGUGAAUUUCUGAUAUGCAAUAAAUGUUCUAGGUAAAAAAAAAAGUUGAUAAAUGGCAUCCAAGGAAAAUGUGCCAAGUUUUUAAUUUCAUGGAACAGAUAAACAAGAUUUCAAGUGGCUGACAGGAAUUUAACAAAGAUAAAAGCUUAUUUUUGUUUGUAAUUUUUAUUUCUUGCUUUCGUUUUUUUGUUGCUUGAUAGAGUUUUUGUUAAUUGUUCCAGUGUUCUGGAGAAGUAGACAUUGGAAGUGUUUCAGUGACAGAUGUCAAGAGGAAUAUUUUAGGAUAUGUUUUGGCAUUUAAUGCAAAUAUUUAGUGCUGGGUUUUCCUCAAACACCUUUUAGCACUCCUGACUUCAGUGGAACUAUCUACUGAUCUAAAAAUUGUAUGAGGGAAGAAUUUGAUCAACUGGUUUGACAUACA